AUGCAUGCUAACACUGCAAACCCUUUAAGGGUAGACCCUGAUAUCCUCAAAUUUUGUGCAUCAUUGCAACAUUCUGAGGCUUCCUCCAUAUAUAAGGUCAUGCUAAACAACAAUCAUUACUGUCUCAAAGUGUACCACGAAAAUGGUGAUCCUGGCCAUGCUCAAGAUGGUCGUGACUUGAAUCGGUUCCGCUGCGAGUUGAACGCUUAUCGGAAUUUGCAAGCUGGUGGAGUGUGCCAAAAGGGUGUGGUUCCACGCUAUUUUGGUUACAUCGACCAGCUUGACCCGGCGUCUUAUCGACCUUAUUUGGAUAACUUCAUGAAUGAUAAAAAUAAGCCGAGAGGCAUCUUACUCGAAUUGUUGCCUAACACAGACAGUUUGAAUUGCGUCAAUUAUUCCAAAGAUCGCUUUGAGAUUGCGAUGCAAGGGCUGAAAGAAAUCCAUCAAGUUAAGGUGCUCCAUAACGAUCCCUAUCCUAAGAAUAUUCUCAUCGCUCAUGGAGAUCCUGAGCGAAUUGUUUGGGCUGAUUUCGAUAUUUCUACGUCUUACUCGGAUUCUCAACUACAAGACGGUCGGGUGCAAACGUGGUUCGAGGAAGAGUUUAUGUGGGCAGAAAGCUUUGGCACUCUUUUGAGGAAGGAUCAAGAGCGAGGCGAACCUCCAAACCUCAAUUAUUAUUGA